UCCUCACACUGAUUGAGGACCAGCAUGUGUAUGGAGCUGUUCGACAUUGGAAAUUGUACGAAAUGUCGCUAUUGACGUUUUUGAGGGAACUUUGGCUGGUUAAAAAAACUUUAAUCGUUAUAUUUACACCGAUUAUAUUUCUACCAAUAGCUGUUCUCGGACAAACUAUAGAAUCAAGAUGCGCCUAUGGUUUAUCUAUUAUGACAGUUUAUUGGAUAACCGAGGCUUUACCUUUAGCAUGUACAGCCUUACUUCCAGUACUGAUAUUUCCCCUUCUAGAAGUUCAACCAGUGGGUAAAAUCUGUGCAAACUAUAUCAAGGAUGCGUCUAUGUUCGGUUUCAGUUGCUUAACAUUUGCUAUAGCGGUUGAAAAAUGUCGGCUACAUAAAAGAAUUGCAUUAAGAACAUUACUUCUUGCUGGUUCCAAUCCAAAAUGGUUAAUGUUAGGUUUUAUGGUACCCACGUGGUUUAUGUCCAUGUGGAUGAGUAAUACUGCUACAACCGCCAUGAUGUUACCAAUAGUACAGGCUGUUCUACAGGAACUUGAUCCUGCUCAACACAAAAUAAAAGGUGAGGAAGAACAUGAUUUGAUAGACAAUAAUCUGUCUAAAAGAGGAUCUUCUAUUUUAUCAAAGCGUCACCCAUUUAAAACAGAGGAAGAUAAUUACAAAAAACUGUGUAAAGGAAUGUGUAUAUGUGUAGCAUAUGCUGCUAAUAUUGGUGGCAGUGGUUCAUUGUCUGGUACUUCACCCAAUCUUAUUUUACAAGGUCAAGCUGAAAUAAUAUUUAGUGAACGAGGUUUGGAUUCCGGUGUGAAUUUCGUAUCGUGGAUGAUAUUUGCUCUACCGGGAUCUGUUAUCUCAGUGAUAUUAGCCUGGUUAUGGUUAUCACUGUUUUUUAUGGGACCAAGAAAAUGGAUGAAAUGGAAGUGUGGUACGGAUGAGGGUGUUGGAAAUCUGUUAAAAAGACAAUAUGAUGAAUUAGGCCCAAUAACGUUUGCUGAGAAAUCAGUAGUAGCCCAUUUUGUAGUUCUUAUUGUCUUGUGGCUGUCGAAGAAACCACCAGUUGUACCAGGCUGGGGUUCAUUCUUUCCACGAAAAUAUGUUGGUGAUUCUGCGGUUGCUGUUCUUCUGUGUUUGUCAUUGUUUGUUUUCCCAUCAGAAAGACCCAAAACACUUUUCUUCAAACGGAAGUCAACAGAUCGUGGUGAAACGGUACCGGCUUUAUUAGAUUGGAAAACAGUUGAGAAGAAUUAUCCGUGGGGUGUUCUACUUCUAUUAGGUGGUGGCUAUGCCCUGGCAGGUGUUUGUCAGGACUCGGGAUUGUCGACGUCUAUAAGCCAGUAUCUACAUGUAUUUGUUAUAUUUGAACCCUGGUUGAUGAACUUCUUCUUGACUAUUCUUGUAUCGAUUUGUACCGAGGUCACCAGUAAUACGGCAACGUCAGCCAUACUUAUACCUAUUAUGGCACAAUUGGCUGUUGGACUGUCAAUCAAUCCAUUAUACUUAAUGUGGUCAUGUUGUAUUGCAACAUCAUUUGCCUUUAUGUUACCUGUUGCCACGCCCCCUAAUGCUAUAGUCUUUGCCACUGGGCAUCUACAAGUAAAAGAUAUGGUGUUGUCCGGUUCUGUUUUAAAUUUUCUUUGUGUUAUUGUGUUGAAUUUAGGUGUUAAUACCUGGGGAAAAGCUUAUUUCAACCUGGGAGUUAUCCCGCCUGAAUUCUUAACAAAUACCACCAGUUUUGCCGUUGGUAGUAGUUCUGCAAAUGGUACGAUGAAUUUUACAGAUAUUGAACAACCCCUUCAAACGAUAUCCCAAAUUCUAAAUAUAUCAACGAUCGUGUAGAGUCAUAAUUUUCAUGUUUCACGCUGUAUAUUUUUAUGCUUUAUAUAAAUAAACAUUACACCCAUCUACCCACCCAAGCAAAAAAAAUGAAGACUGUUAAAAUUCACAUCAUCCACCCACUCAAGCAAAACACAUGCUUGUUUUUAUCCUAGUCCAUAAAACAAUUGCAGGUAUUUUAGUAGGGUUUGGCAAGGUAUGUCUAGGCGUUUGGCACGAACCACCCGGGUGUUUGAGAGAGAAAGGCGCUAUAAUCAGCAAAGUAUCAAAAUUAGUAAACAGUCUUCGCUCCUUGAAAUAUCUUUUAAAAAGAAAAUCGCUACAUACUCUAUAUUCUUCCUUCAUUCUGCCGCACUUUGAUUAUGCCGAUGUUAUCUGGGACGGGUGCACUGACCACUUAUGUAAUAAUCCCGAAUACCUUCAGCUUGACGCACUACGCACUAUUUGCGGGGUAGUUAAGGGUACUAGCUAUGCUUCCCUCUACGCAAAAACUGGGUUUAUUCCACUCAAAGAAAGACGAAAUAGACAUAAAUUAAAACUACUUUAGAAAAUCAUCAAUAACCUAACCCCUCCUUAUCUUAAGAAUCUCAUAAACAUUGAACCUACAAACAAAUAUUCCCUCCGUAAUGAAGACAGAUUACAAGAAAUUCGAGGCCGUACUGACAUUUUUGCUAAAUCAUUUAUCCCAUCCAGUAUAAGAGAGUGGAAUAAACUCAGUAGGCCUACCCCUGCAAGGAAUUCUAGAACUCUAAAAAUUUUCUCCGAUCAUCUAUCCAAAUUUGAUAUCAAAGUUCCUUCGUUUUAUUAUAAUGGUCAGCGGAAACCUCAAAUAAUUCAUUGUAAAUUACGACUUCGAUGCUCUGACCUGCAGGGUCACAAAUUCCUAAGACAUGUUGCCGACAGUCCCGCAUGCCUCUGCGGUCAUACAUUUGAAGAUCCCGACCAUUACCUUCUGCGAUGUUCCUUACAUUCAAAUGCACGAACAGAAACCAUAGACAAAUUACAACAUGAUUUUAAAAAUAUAAACUGUCUUUUAUUCGGCUUCACAACCUGCAGUCUUGAUGUUAACACUAAAAAUUUUAA